AUGUUUGGAAUAUAUACUGGGCCUCAGCCACCUCAGAAACCAUUCAAUGAAUUAAAUCAAGAAGAACAAGCUGAUUUGGGGGCUCGUAAAAUGAUUGAAUUCAUGCAAUCAUGUCCUGGUAAAACUGUUAUGUCAGGUGUAAUGGGGUUUGGGAUGGGUGCUUUCUUUGGGUUAUUCAUGGCAUCUAUGGCAUACGACGUGCCUAUUGGUACAUCACCUAAUUCAACCAUCAGUCAUAUAAGUCAAUUACCUUUUAAACAACAAAUGAAAUUACAAUUUACUGAUAUGUAUAAAAGAUCAGCAUCAUCCGCUAAAAAUUUUGGAUUCAUUGGGUUAAUAUAUUCAGGGGUAGAAUGUUCUAUUGAAAGUUUAAGAGCUAAACAUGAUAUUGUUAAUGGAGUAAGUUCAGGUUGUAUAACUGGUGCUGCUCUUUCAUAUAAAGCUGGCCCACAAGCUGCUGCUUUUGGAUGUCUUGGAUUUGCCGCAUUUUCAGCUGCUAUUGAUAUGUAUAUGGAAAGUGAAGCUCGUGCUCCUCCUCGUAAUGAUUAUGAUGAUUAG